AUGCAGGACGAAGGACUUCCGUCGGAGCUGAUGCUUUUCUCCCUUCCACCGACGCAGGCCGCGGUGGAGAAGCUAUACUACGUGGACUGCAGACCCAUCUCCCAGAUCAGCGGUAGCGGUCCUGUCGAGUUUCACAUUUCCGGACAGAGCAGCGAUUAUAUAGCACUCGACAGGAGCGUAUUGUAUGUGAAGGCACGCAUCGUCAAACAGGACGGCACGCCCCUCUCCGCCAAGGAACAGACUGGUUACGUCAACCUGCCGCUCCAGACUCUUUGGGGUCAGGUCGAGGUUUCAUUGCAAGGGAAGCUACUGUCGCUGAAUUCGGGUAAUUACGCAUAUAAGGCGUAUAUACAAACACUCUUGAACUACGGGAUAAGUUCUAAAAGAGGCCAGCUCACCUCUCAACUCUACUACCAGGACACGCCCGGGAGUAUGGACGAGACAGAUCCGGACGGUGCUAAUAGCGGACUAUUCGAGCGGAACGAGUUCAGUAAGAACAGCGCUACGGUCGACAUGUUGGGCAGACUGUGCGAGGACGUCUGUCAUCUCAAUCGAUACAUAUUGAACGGAGUCGAUCUCGACAUUAAACUCUAUAGAAAUAGGACUCCGUUCGUAUUGAUGUCGGGGGUCCAGAACCCGGAUUACAGGAUCGAGCUACAGGAUGUCAUGUUCCGUCUAUGUCGUGUUCAGGUCAACGCAGGCGUGCUCGUCAGGCACAACAAAGCCCUAGAGGUGUCUCCGGCCAAAUACCCUUUUACAAGCUCUAAUGUCAAGGUCGCCACGAUACCCGCAAAUUAG